GCUGCAAUGAGCAGCUUCUUAGACUACUCGGUGAUGAGCGGUGAAGGUGGCUCAUGCUCUGUCAGGGCUUUCCACUCGGACCACGGGAUUACAGCUUUCCAGUCCUGCGCGGUUACGGUCAGCAACUGCGGGGCGGAUGACCGUUUCAUGACAGGCAGAGCUUCCCCAGACGGCAUUCACCACCAGCCGGGGUCAUACCAGCCCACAGCGGGAUCGCUGGGUCUCACAUACGGAGCCCACCCGGCCUGUAGCUCCAGCUAUGGCGCACAAAGUUUCUGCGCCACUUAUAACCAUUACGCGCUCAAUCAGGAAGUAGAAUCCACUGGAUUUGCCCAGUGCGGCCCCCUGAUGUAUUCGGGUAACAUUUCCUCCUCCGUGGUCUCGCAGCAUCGCCAAGGUUACAGUGCCGCCGCCCCACUGGGCCAGCUGCAGUAUGCCCCAGCAGCCUAUGGCGGCGGGCACGAGCAAGCAUCCGCUUUCGCAGGCUGCUCAAACUCACUGUCACCGCUGCACGCAGCUCACCUGGAGGCAUGCUGCUCCCCUCUGUCGGAGGGUGCAUCCUCUGCGCAAACCUUCGACUGGAUGAAAGUGAAGAGAAACCCACCGAAAACAGGAAGAUCUGGGGAGUACGGUUACGGCGGGCAGCCGAACACGGUCCGGACCAAUUUCACCACCAAGCAGCUGACGGAGCUGGAGAAGGAGUUCCACUUUAACAAGUACCUGACCCGCGCGCGGCGCGUGGAAAUUGCUGCCGCUCUUCAGCUCAACGAGACUCAAGUGAAAAUCUGGUUCCAGAACCGGAGGAUGAAGCAGAAGAAGCGCGAGAAGGAGGGGCUGGUUCCUGCCAAAGCUCCGUCCUCUGAGCCCGGUGAGCUCAUUCAGGAGAAAAUGGACGACGCUGCGUCGGAGAAGUCUCUCUCAGCCCCGUCUACCCCAUCGCCGAAAUCCACGGGAUCAUCCACGGGUGCAGAUCCCUACCCCUCCAACUAAAAACAAACAAACAAACAAAAACAAAAAAACAAACUCCAACUGCCUCUUUAAGGGCCACAGGUCUGAAGAUCACCCAGCAUAUCAAACCCACAGUCCUGACUGAAUAUUAAGUCUCGAUGCACUAUUUGGGACAUUGGAAAACAUAUAUGGACCGUGGGGUAUAUAUUUAUUUAUAUAUAGGGUCUUUUGUGUGACUGCGAUAUAGAGGCUGUAGCUGAACGUGUGUCAGAUUUAUUUAGAGUUUUGAUGUUACUUAUGCGCUGUGGUAAAUGCGCAACAGCUCACCUGAAACGUCACAAAGCUCCACAAAGAAAUACCUCAAAAUGUACCAAAGAUGUGCGUCAUGGCCGCGGCCAGUCCUCAUUGCACUAGAUGUCUUCCAUUAGGCAUCAUGCUGAUGAAUCAGUGUUCAAACUCACGGUGUGGGUGUGUGUUUGUGUGUGUGCGUGACGCGCACUGCUUUCAUGUCCAACCGGUGGGGCGCUGAGUUUUAUCAGUUGGGGGACCGGUCAUAUAUAUAUAUCCAUGUACGUUCCUGUUACCUAUUUAAUCCAAAGGAGCAGAUCAUCUUUUGUCCAGAGAGACAUUUACGGGUGAAUCAUCUAUAUAUU